UUGAUCCCCUUGAAGAAGCGUUAUGGAGCGGUCGAUCAGAUGGUCGAGUGGCCUCCUACCUGUUGAACCAGGACUUCGGCUAUUGUAAACGCAUCUUUUUUCAUACCCCAGAAAAAAUUCAAAAUCUAAGUUGUUUAAAAUGGGCCAACGAUUGUAAGACGAGCAUCUUGAUAGGGUCGCUACAGAAUUCCAUAGCCAUUAUGGAUCUUCGAAGGGGGUCCAUUGACAAAAAAAUUUCCACUCCCAGUGGCGUCACCUCUCUGGCCCGUUCUUCUCACCUUGUAUACGUCGGCCAGGCGGACGGAUCUGUAGCUGUUCGAGAUUUGCGAACUCCUCGCACAGAGAAUAGCUUCAAGGCACACAUGGAGUCUGUGAGUUGCAUAGAUGCCGAGGGAGACCUCUUGGUGACAUGCGGACUCGGCGUGCUCAUGGAUCGACAGUACCCCGAUCCGCUCAUAAAACUGUAUGACCUGCGCACUAUGAGAUCGUUUGUACCCAUCAACUUUACGCCAGGUGCCAGCUGGGUCAAAUUUCACCCAAAGUUCGAUUCCACGCUCGCCAUCGUCUCGCCGUUUGGACAUUUACAACUUUAUAGCACCCGCAAUUUUUCGGUUCUCCAAAACUUCCAGCUAGACAUUCCAGAUCAGCUAAUAAUCGCUUCCGCGGACAUUUCUUCGUCUGGACGGUGCUUGGCAUUUGGCGAUUCCGGGUCUUGCAUUCAGCUCUGGACAUCUAGAAAUGGACCUCAAUCGAGCAACAAUAUCGUCAAUACAUACAGCCGAGGGAAAAUGAGCCCUUUGCCCUUGGAACCGCCUCCCCCUACUGGAAAUGCAAACGAAAGUCUGUUGUUUGUACCUUACUUGAAACAAUUGCUCGCAGUCUCCGAAAAUUUGCAGGCGCCAUCUCCCCUGCUAGAGUCUACGCUUCCAGACGAUAUCUACUAUCCGUCUAUCCCGCACGAAGCGAUAGACCCUCAGUUGCUCGAAGACAUGCGCAUCAUCGGUGGAUUUGGGGUCAUUCCAAAUAUUCCUGGGCACUACCGCAGAAACCAGGCCCGCAUUCUGAGGAUACCUCCGUACGGGCCUGCCGUAGCCCCUCAUUCGGGAGCCAAGAGUGAUGCAUCCAUUUUCCUAUUGGACAGCGGGUUAGGUCUAGAAUUGGAAGAAGAAUACACUACAAAAACCACUAAAGAAAAAACACAAGUGCCUGCCAAUUUUCGACGUAUUCCAAUAGGAAAAUUCAUGAAUGGACUCAACGAAUCCAACUUUUCCUUCACCAACAAAUCGUCUUUCGCAGGACUUGAAAACGCGACUUUCACUACGUCCUAUUCGAAUUCAAUUUUGCAGGCGUUUUACUUCAUUCCGCAGAUUCGCUCCACAGUCCAACGCCAUUCCUGUACGGAUCAGUAUUGUCUGACAUGCGAAUUGAGGUUUCUGUUUCAUAUGAUGGACCAAGUCGGACGCCGCAGCGGCAACAAAACAUGUCACACCAAAAACCUUUUCAGAGCUUGCAAAGAGAUUCAUAACGCCUGCAAAUAUCGAAUCAUCGACGAAGACUUAUUGGGAGUUCCCAUCUUUGUUCUCGCAUGCAAUUUCAGCCGAUUUCUACUGCAGCAACUCCACGAAGAAGCCAUUCGUCGUGACAUGUCAAAAAAAACGGUUUUUUUCGAUUUGUUCAGACUUCUCAUCCACCGUGCUUCUUUGUGUCACCAAUGCCAUAAAGCCACCUCAACAGAGACUAAUGAGUGCUUUUUGAAAGUCGAGGUGUCUCAUUUGAAGGCGCCUCAAUCCUUUGAUUCUCUCUUGUCUACAAGCUUCGCGUUCGAGAUCCACGCACGAGCCUAUUGCCAUUUUUGCAACGAUUUUAAACUUAAAAAGAUAGUAACGAAAGUCGCAGAGCUCCCGAACAUCCUGUGCAUCGCGUUCGAUAACUCGGAGUCUUCCAGACCGUUUUGGCAACUUGUCUCGGACGACUAUGUCCCGAAUUCUUCCGUUCCACCGAGCAAGCCCCAGUGGAUUCCGUUUCAGUUUCGUGUGUACCAGGAUUCAACCACUCGGACCUGGUCCGUGAAGCAAGAAUACGAGCACCUGUCAACUGGCUCCAAUUCCGAUAUUUACGAGUUGACCGUCGUUGUGUCAUACAUAACCACAAACAGCGAUGCCAGUCACGCUCGCACCUCCGAUAAUUUGGUUGCCCAAAUCUGCGUUCCUGGACAUGCCGCAGAUGGAAAGAGCGACUCUACUUGGUACCUCUUCAACGACUUCCACGUCCUUCAAAUCGACAAACGCGACGUGGCACAUAUCCACGGCGACUGGAAGCUUCCCUGUCUUCUCUAUUAUACAAGAAAGUCUGUUUUUGAAGCUUCUUCAAGCCUGGAAACCUGCGCAAGUCCAAUCAGCCCUGACAUUUUUCGCCACGAUCCCCAUCUCAGAAAUCCCCACUCCAUACAAGUUCUGCCGUUUGAGGAUUUCUCGCUCAUCGGCAACGAGGUCGCCAUCGACACCGAAUUCAUUCUUCUCAAACAAGAAGUAUACGAGGACGUCGACGGGAGCAAGAAAAAACACCUCGUCAGUCCUGCAGACCUCGGCCUGGCUCGAGUGUCUGUUCUGGCGACCAAAAACGGUCAAGAAGUCAUCAUCAUGGAUGAUUAUAUAUCCACUAAGUGCGAUCAAAUCACUGAUUACCUAACUCAAUAUUCCGGCAUCCAACCUGGAGACCUCGACCUUCGCACUUCCCCUCGUCACAUCACCGCUCUGAAGUCGGUUUAUUUGAAACUCCGAUACCUCGUCGACCAAGGUUUCAUCUUCAUCGGCCACGGGCUCAACCAAGACUUCCACAUCGCAAACAUAGAUGUCCCGCCAGAACAGGUCGUAGACACGGUAAAACUGUUCCAUCUGAAAAACCAGCGCAAGAUCUCCCUCAGGUUUCUGGCCUCUCUCCUCCUUGGAAUAGAAAUUCAAGUCGGAGCGCACGACAGCAUCGAAGACUCGAGAACGGCCCUGCUGCUGUACCAAAAAUACAAACAGCUGGUUCGAGAAAACAGGCUAGAAGAAGUUCUUCAUAAAAUCUACGAAAUAGGCCGGACAAAACAAUGGAAGAUCAAUACCCAAGACUCCAUCGACAUAACAACCCCUAAGCAAGACACAACUGAAACGACCUAGGCAAAAAAAUACAAAAAAAAAAUGAUUUUGUGUACAAAACACUUUUACUUCUUGCGACCAGAGAACUAACUCGAUGUUCUCUGAGGCAGUUCAUAAAGUUCUAUUCGGUAGGUGCGCA